AUGAAAGCCCUCCACUCCCUCUGGGCAUUUCUUGCCUUGACUGCAAUCACACACGCUGCCCACACGUCUAACUGGGCCGUCCUGGUAGCGACCUCUCGUUUUUGGUUCAACUACCGCCAUCUCGCCAACACUUUGUCCCUGUACCGAACGGUCAAACGCCUCGGCAUUCCCGAUUCUCAAAUCCUCCUCCUCCUUCCCGAUGACAUGGCCUGCAAUCCACGCAACGCCUUCUCCGGCACCGUCUACUCCAAUGCUGACCGCCGUAUGGACCUCUAUGGCGAAAACGUUGAGGUCGACUACCGUGGGUACGAAGUAACCGUCGAGAACUUCAUCCGCCUCCUGACCGACCGCUGGGAAGAAGGCGUGCCCGCCAGUAAGAGAUUGCAGACCGAUGAAGGCAGUAAUAUCCUCAUCUACAUGACUGGUCAUGGUGGAAGUGAGUUCCUCAAGUUCCAAGACAGCGAAGAGAUCUCCAGCUGGGACCUGGCGGAUGCUUUCUCACAGAUGCGUGAGAAGAAGCGAUACAACGAGAUGCUCUUCAUGAUCGACACCUGUCAGGCCAACACCCUCUACAGACAAUUCUACGCUCCAGGUGUCAUUGCUACAGGGUCCUCCGAGGAAGACGAGAGUUCGUAUUCACAUCAUGCAGACAACGACGUCGGGGUUGCGGUCAUCGAUCGCUGGACUUACUAUGUGCUGGAAUUCCUAGAGACUCAAGUUACCGGCCCAACAUCCGACAAGACACUCGGCGAUCUCUUUGAUAGCUAUGAUGUUGGAAAGAUCCACUCGAAGCCCGGCGUUCGCUGGGAUCUGUUCCCCGGAGGAGAAGAAACCGGCAGAGGUCGCCGCGUCGUCGACUUCUUUGGAAAUGUUCAAAGUGUGGAGGUCCAGGAAGGUGGCGUUAACAAGACUGGAAUCGAACUCUUGAAAGAUGAUAUCGAGGGUCUCAAGAGACUAGUGCAAGAGUAUGAAUCUUUUGCGAAGGUUCAAGAAGGUAAUCAGACUCAGAUGGCAGACGUCCUGUCCAGGAGGACGAGAGACGCGCAGUCGAUUCGAGCUGCUCCCAAAAACCAACACCAAAAGACGGUCCGACAAGUCAAACUGUCUGCUGACACAACCACUCAGUGGGCUAGACAGGCCGCCGGAAUUACCGUCCUCUCAAGCCUCGCAGCUCUCUGGUACUUUGCACCGAAGGUUUUGUGA